AAUGCUGAGGAUAACGAGUAUUUGGAAGGGGUUGAACCAUCGCUCGAGUUUGUGAUUACUUCCCGGGACAUAACGGCCACUGGAGCUUUGGCGACUUUGCUUGUAUUCAACAACGAGAAAGGUUUUUCCCCAAAGAACAUUGAGUCCAUCUGCAGUGUUGGGCGCUCUACCAAGAAAGGCCUCCGCAAACGUGGAAUUGGGUUCAAGAGUGUAUUUUUGAUAACGGCUCACCCUUACAUAUUCAGUAAUGGUUAUCGGAUAAGAUUUAGUGAAGAACCCUGCUCGCAUUGCAAUCUUGGAUACAUCGUCCCUGAAUGGGUUGAGGAGAAUCCAACUAUUUCCCUUAUCCAACAGAUAUAUGGAUCUGGUGCUGCCCUCCCAACCACAACAUUAGUGCUGCCGCUGAAGCCUGACAAGGUGAAACCUGUGGAGAUGCAGCUUUCAAGCCUUCAUCCUGAAGUUCUGUUGUUUCUUUCAAAGAUAAAGAAGCUUUCGGUUCGUGAAAACAAUGAGGAUCCUAGACUUAACACUGUGAGUGCAAUAUCUAUUUCAAGUGAGACAAACUUUGUUACAAGGAAGAAUAUUGAUGCUGAGUCCUACAUGCUUCAUCUUUCCGCUGAUGUGAAUGAUGAUGAUGCGGAAAAAGAAUGCAGCUACCAUAUGUGGAGGCAGAGGUUUCCUGUUAGGCUGGAAAACAGAGUAGAAAGAAGAAUGGAAGUAGAAGAGUGGGUGAUAACUUUGGCUUUUCCAAAUGGAAAGCGACUUCAAAGAGGAAACCAAUCUCCAGGGAUCUAUGCAUUUCUACCAACAGAGAUGGUGACGAACUUUCCCUUCAUAAUUCAGGCAGAUUUUCUUCUAGCUUCGUCCAGGGAGACAAUCCUCUUGGACAACAAAUGGAACCAAGGGAUUCUUGACUGUGUGCCCUUGGCUUUUGUUAAUGCAUUGACUUCGCUUGUGAAAAAUACAGAAGGUGCUCCAGUUUCUAGUCUGCCUCGCAUGUUUGGGUUUUUACCACUCAACAGUUCUCCCUAUGCACAGCUAAAUGCAGUGAGGGAGUCAAUUAAGACAAAAGUGGUGGCUGAAAGUAUAGUUCCACGUGAGUCUUACCAGGAGCAGAAGAUCUUCGAUAAACCCUGUGAUGUUGGUAGGUUAAUGCCUGCCUUCUGGAAUAUAUUGAAAAAGGCGAGGAACCAAGGGGUGUACUUGGAUAAUAUCUCAUCCCAUGGAAGGUUUAUCUUAAGCUCUUACUUUGAUAGAGAAAAGUACAAUGACGUAUUGAAAUUUUUGGAGGUGAGACAUGUUGAUGAUGAAUGGUAUGCAACAUGUAUCCAGAGUUGUAAUCUUGUUCUCGGAGUAUCAGAUGAUGUUUAUUUAGAACUGUUAGCAUUUCUUGCUGACAAAUGGAAUUCUUGUUUUCACAAAACAAGCAUUAAGAACAUACCGCUUCUGAAGUAUGUGGGUCAUGACAGAGAUGUGUCGUUGGUACCCUUGCUGAAUGGUGGUAGGGUGCUAGUAUCCUCUGAUCCUAGUCACAUCUCGUGGCUGAUUGAUUGGAACAAGGAAUUCAGAUGUGCUGCAGAUCGAUUUUUUCUGCCGAAAUCGACACAAGAAGCUAUGGGGUUAUGUUCUAAGAGACAGAGCAUAUUGGAAUGGCUUUGCAACCAGAUGAAGGUUAGUUCUGUAAAUGUGUAUGAUUAUGCAAUUCUCCUCGGUAAGUCACUAGUUGAUCGGAAGCUUGUUGUUGCCUAUGCUCAUUUCUUAUAUCACUCGCUCUCACAAAAUUAUCUGUCUAGGCAACAAGUUGAAUAUUUGUGUAGUAUUAUGCCACUCGUUGAUAACUAUGGGCGGGUGACCACCGGAAGGGCAGGGGUUCUUGUACCUGCUAAUGGAAGCAGAUGGGUGGAGCUGAUUGGUUCAAAUCCAUGGAGAGCAGAAGGUUAUGUUGAGCUUGCAGAAGACUAUUUGCGUUCUGGCAACUAUGUAGAUUUACUAACACUUGAAAGAGAGCUUGUUAAAUUCCUCAAGUCGCAUGUUGCAGCUUCUGACAUCCCAUAUCUCUCCCCUCCCAAUGCUGUAGUUCCUACAUUCUCUGCUCCACUGACAAAGCAGAAUGCAUUAUUGCUGUUGGAAUGGAUUCAGUAUUUGAGAAGGUAUGGGAUACCCAUUCCGACAAAUUUUCUGACCUGCAUAAAAGAGGGAAGCUGGCUGAAGGUUUCUCUGAAUGGCAGUCCUGCCUACAAGCCUCCGUCACAGUCAUUCGUACCUGACUCAUCAUGGGGUGACCUUCUGCAGAAUGGAUUGGUGCUAGUUGAUAUUCCCUUAAUUGAUCUAGAUUUCUAUGGUGGUAAAUUAAAUGGCUAUAAGGAGGAGUUAAGAACCAUUGGCUUGAUGUUUGAAUAUAAAGAAGCAUGUCAAUAUAUAGGGAAGCAUCUCAUGUCUCUGGCAGCUUCCUCAACUUUAACCAGAGGCAAUGUGCUUUCAAUACUGAAUUUCAUCAAGUUUCUAAGGGAUUCAUAUCUUCCUCUUGAAGACUUUGUCAAGGCUGUUAAAGAAGGCAGGUGGCUAAGGACUUCCCGAGGUGACAGGACUCCAGGUGGUACAGUUUUAUUUGAUCAGGAGUGGAAAGCUGCAUCACAAAUCAGUGAUAUUCCAUUCAUUGAUCAAGACUAUUAUGGCGAGGAAAUUCUCUCUUUCAGAACGGAACUACAGCUAGUUGGGGUGGUAGUUGGAUUUAAUCAAAGCCACAAACUUGUGGUCGACAACUUAAAAUCUCCAGCACGCAUAACUUCUCUGACAGCUGAGGGAGUUCUUUUAAUAUUGGAGUGUAUACGUCAUUUUGGAUCGGCUGACAAAUUUGUUCAAGCACUUAAAGAUAAGAAAUGCAUCAAGACACAGAUGGGCUUCAAAUCUCCAGCUGAAUGCUUUCUGUUUGAUCCUGAAUGGGCUUGCCUUCUGCAGAUUUUUAACAGCUUCCCACUCAUCGAUAAAAAUUUCUAUGGAAGCAGCAUUUUAUCGUACAAAAAUGAGUUGAAGCAACUUGGUCUGGUGGUGAAUUUUGAGGAAGCAGCCAAAGCAUUUGCUCGCGUUUUUAAGAAGCAAGCUUCACUAUUUUCCAUCGGAAAAGGUAAUGUUCUUUCACUUCUGGAAUGCUACAGAAGGCUAAUGAGAGCAGAAACAAGAUUUCCCUCAGAUCUUCAGAACUGCUUUCUUGAGGUGAAAUGGUUACGAACUCGCCUAGGUGAUUACAGAGCACCGAAAGAGUGCAUUCUGUUCGGCCCCGAUUGGGAGUCUAUUUCUCCUAUUUCUCUACUUCCUUUCAUUGAUGAUAGUGAUAAUUACUAUGGAAAGGGCAUCCGUGAAUAUGAAAAGGAGCUUGAGAGUAUGGGAGUUGUUGCUGCUUUUAAAAGUGGUGCGAAGUUUGUGGAGGCCGGCCUUUAUUUACCUCAAAAUCCCAGAACCAUAACUCCCUCGAAUGUAUAUUCAUUGCUGGAAUGCAUCAGGAAUUUACAGCAGGAACACAAUGGGUCUAUAUCUGAAGCAUUUUUGAAAAAACUUGGAAAAAAAUGGUUGAAAACUCAUGCAGGCUACAGGCCUCCAGUUGAGUGCUUGUUGUUUGAUUCUGGUUGGGGUUCUUUCUUAUGGCGCCAGGAUGGGCCUUUCAUUGAUGAGAAAUUUUAUGGUUCCAAAAUUACAGCCUACAGGAAAGAGCUCAACGCUAUUGGAGUCACAAUUGACUAUAAACAUGGUUGCCCAUUGCUUGCCAAUUACCUUGAUCACCAUUCCAACUUCGCUACUAUCAAUCGAAUUUAUAGUUAUUUGUGUAAAUUCAAUUGGAAGCCGCAUGAUGAGGAUACCAAAAGAAUUUGGAUCCCAAAUGGAAGUGAAAAUGGAGAAUGGGUAGGCGCUGGAGAAUGUGUUCUUCAUGACAAAAAUGACCUCUUCAGUUUGCAGUUGAAUGUACUGGAGAAGCACUAUAAACAGGAAUUACUGAACUUCUUCUCUGGAGUUUUGGGAGUUAAAUCCAGUCCUGUUCUUGAUGAUUAUUGCAAGCUUUGGAAGGUAUGGGAAGAUUGUGGAGACGGAUUGUCGCAUGCUGAAUGUUGUGCCUUUUGGGGAUUUGUUGUAAAGCACUGGAAUUCUAGGACAGAGGAAAAACUUACACAAAACAUGUCAAAAGUGCCUGUGUCAGGUUCAGAUGGAAUUCUUCUGGUUGAGAAGCAUGAUGUUUUUAUUGCUGAUGAUCUUUAUCUGCAGGAUCUUUUUGAACAGGCUUCUGCUCAUCCACUAUUUGUCUGGUAUCCUCAGCCAAGCUUGCAAUCCUUGCCUCGAACAAGGCUUCUUGAAAUCUAUGGCAAAAUUGGCGUCCAAACUUUAUCUGGAUCUGUAGAAAAGGAACUAUCGGAUCUGGAAGAUGUUGGACUUGAAGAAGUGGAUUGGAUGGAUGCCUUUUAUGGAGGGGGCAUAUGUAGGCUCAUUCUUGGCUUUCUUGCUGAUCCUGCUCUCAACAUGGAAGCAGAGAGGAGGCACGACGUUGUCAGACGCCUCCUCAAUGUUGAUGUGUUUGAGACAAUUGAGCCAAUUACAGUAGGAUAUAGUUUAUCACUUUCGUCAGGAGAAAUUUUGAAUGUGAAAGCAAGUCGAAUGAUACGUUGGGAGAGAGAGAGUUCAAAGUUUUUUACACAGAAGAGGGACAUGUCAGGUGGAUAUAAAGAGCGAAUUGAAUAUGCUUCAUAUUUUUCCGAAGUAGUGGCUGAGGGAGUGCUGUGGGAGGAUGAAGAUCAUAUAUACCAACUGACUGAACUGAUUAAGUUGGGUUGUCUCCUUGGGUUUGAUGACGAAGCUAUUGCGUUCUUGAUGAAAAAGAACAAUCUGCAGAUAUUUUUGGAGGAUGAGGAGUUUCUCUCUUCUGCCUUCACUUCUGAUUAGGUAUGGUAUGAACUCUUAUUAUAUUGAAGUUUUUAUCUAAUAGGAUUUCUGAACGAAAGAUUAAGUUUCUUUUGUUCAACUAACUAAAGGAAAAGGAAGAACUCAGAUCAUGCAUAGGUGAUCAUCCUUGUCAUUGGAUUGAGAAAACGUCUUUCAAUGCCUUGAUCCACCCCAUAAUCCCUUUUCUCUUUGGCUAUUUUAUUUGAAUACUGUAAUAAUGGUGUGCUACUAGAGUGAAUUUGUAAGAAUGAAUACAUUUCAAUGGAGCUGCUUGUCGUAGUUUAAUCGAUUGUGAACGUCAUUUUCC